UAAACUCCUUCCUGCUUCCUGUUGAGUGACCCCCCCCACCUCCUCCUUCCUACCCGCCGUUUGACUCCGCCUCUUCCGUGAUGUCAUCUCAGGCCACGCCCCUCCAGGUGCCCCGACCUAUGACCCCCCCGCUGCCUUCUCCAGGGUCACCAUGCUCUCCGGGGUCACCAGAGUCUCUUCAUCCCCCCGCCUACAGACAGAGAGAUCGCUCCCCCUCCCCCAUGAGAGGAUACCUCAUCCCCAGCCCUCUGCCCACCCGCAGGAACAGGACCUGCUCAGCGACAGCUCGAGCUUUAGAUGGUCCAUCCUUCACCGGCCUCUGUAAAUGUUUUUCCCGCUCUAAAGGCCACGGCUUCAUCACGCCGUCUGAUGGAGGGAACGACAUCUUCGUCCACAUCUCUGACAUCGAGGGGGAAUACGUGCCGGUGGAGGGCGACGAGGUGAGCUACAGAAUCUGCUCCAUCCCCCCCAAACACGAGAAGGUCCAGGCGGUGGAGGUGGCCAUCACUCACCUGAACCCAGGAAGCAAGCACGAGACCUGGGGGGGGGCGGGUGGUCAGCAGCUGAGAGGGGGGGGUGUUAGAUAUAUAUAGAGAGAGAGGUGCAGGGAUGAUGUAUUACUGUGCUGGUCCCUGAAGGCAGCAUCUCCCUGGUCCAAUGGGAUUCCUCCAUGAGAUUUUGGAUUAUAGCAAACAAACGUUUAUGAUACUUACAGGUUUAGUUCAGCAGGAAAACAUCUCUUUAUGAUUUCUGAAGUUCAAAGCUAACGUUAGGCUAUAAAGGAACUACCUGACAUGCAGAGAGAAUGAUUAUGAUAAGGAUGUAGAAAGAAACACAAAGGGAAAGAGUUUUCCAAAGAAACAUCUCGAGAAAUGUCCAUGAUUGGGCUCAACUGACGUAUUUUUUACAGCACGGUCACAUGACUUCACGUCACCACCGCUAAGCUAAAGGUGGCUAAUGUUGGGCGUGAUGACGUUUAGUCGUCUCAUUUAGACACUUGUUAGCAACCGCCAUUUUUUUUAUUCACCAGUCGGGGAUUUACUGAUAUAUUUUAUGAUGUAGAACAAGCGUUAACAUCUCUUACAGCUUGUGUUAAAACCACAUAACUUAUUUCAGGCUAACUACCAAAAACAAACCCAGAAAACCAUUGACCUCCAGACCAGGGGACAGGAAGUGAUGAAAUGCUGACUCAUGACAGGGUUUCACGACUCAUUCCUGCACCUCUCUGUUAGGAUGGGUAGAAGGGAGUUUUGUAUAGGGUUAUAAACAGGGUUCUAAAUAUAAGGGUCACAUCAGAGGGAAUGCUGAGUUUACUUUCAUUGAAAACGUGGGGAAUGAGUAGCUUAUCAAAUGGAUUGACUGAUAAAUAAAUAGAUCUUUGAUUAGGGAAAGACUUUGAGUUGAAUUGCUUGGGUUCGUUGACGUUGCCUUAAUGCAUUUCCUGGAUGAUGAAUUCCAGCAGUUAUUGAUUGUAAAUGAUCUUCCCUGAAGAGACGUGUUCAGCUCAACACUUGAUAACAAAGCUGAUUAGCAGAGUUAGAAAGAGACCGAUGCUGCAUGGCUUCAUGGUUCAGCACUACAGCCUUAUUCUUCUGUAUCCUCUGUAUUUGAUCAUGUGUGGGUGUUAUGGGUGAAUUAAAGCAUUUUCAACCACAA